CGCAAGAAGGAAAAGGAGGAAAACCCACCCCGCCCUCGCUGCUGGGACUGGAUGGUGGUGUCCGGCACGAACCACUGCGCCAAGAAUCGCGCGUCCUUCAAGUCGUACCGCCCGAUGAAUCGCAUGGUUCCAAACGGACCGUUCCAGGGGGCGGAGGUGUAUAUCGCAGGAGUCGGCACGGUGGAGCUGAACGUGCGUGCCAGCCCGGAGGAAGGUUCCCCCGCCCGCACUCUGGUCUUGGACAAUGUCUUGCACAUUCCGGUCGCCAAAUGCAAUGGCUUCUGUUGGGGGCAGUAUCACACGAUCCAUAACGGAACAGUCAGCUUUGGUGCGACUUUCAAGGGCACUGACGGACAAGGCGCUGCUCUUUGGUUUGGGCAGCCGUUCUGUGGACUCCAGAAGCUGGCUCUCGCGGGGAAUCCGCAGGGAGAAUCCUAUCUCAAUCCCGAUGAGGCCCACGCGCUCAGCCUCUAUAUUAACAAGCAGGAUCUCCAGAACAUUUUG